AUGGUGGAAUCAGUCUGGGGUCCUCAGACCUCGUAUCUCAACUUUUGUGAAGAGGAUUACAUCGUCACCCGCUACAUUGCAGAGUUUAUCAACACACUCAGUAGUCUUUCCUACAUUGUCUAUGGAAUCUAUGGACUUAUCAGCUACAACAAGUUCCCCACGGCUUCGCGCCUUAUUCUAUAUGGCGGGUUGAUGGGCGUUGGGAUUUGUUCUGGAGGGUACCACAUGACACUUAAGUACCACACCCAGAUGUUUGACGAACUAUCAAUGCAUCUCCUGACAACACCCCUCCUCUAUCGAUUACUGUCCUACAAUGCCAGUCCCCAACGCACAAAAGUAGUAGGGUUGGUCCUUUCAACACUCUUUACGACUGUCAUGGUCACGCAUAUUGUCCUCGAUGAAUUCCUCCUACAUGCUGUUUCCUUCGGCUUUGGUGUCUUGAUAAUAGCCCGUCGCUGUCUUCAGAUCAUCUCCCAACGAACCCUUGAUCUCGACACGAAGCGCGAUCUGCGAAAUAUCUCGAUUGCUGGCAUAAGCUUUUUCGUCUUUGGUUAUGUAGUCUGGUUGAUUGACGACUGGGCCUGCCGCUACUUGACAGAUAUUCGACACACUGUCGGUCUACCUUUUGCAUUCUUAUUUGAACUGCAUGGAUGGUGGCACUUCUUUACAGCCAUUGGAGGCUACAUCGCCGUUGUUGUCGUUGACGCUAUCACUUCCAAUGAAAAAGUCGAGAACCCUACUUCCAGACUGGCUUGGCCCGUACCAUUGGUAGCCCGACUCAUGGCCAGCUCUGCACCUGCGAAGCCAGUAUAG